AGUCUCUGAGAGACGAUACCCGGACUUUCCGGUUUUACUACGAGAUAGGAAAUUGGCAUAUACGCUUUUGCGCUAUCAAGUUUUUGGCGCCGUUGCCGGGGACUGCCACACCUUAUUUUUGUUGAUUUGUGUGAGUGAACUAUUUUGAUCUGGAUGUUAGUGUGCAGAAGAAUUUUCAGGUUUAUCCUUCUCGUGCAUGCCUAGGAGGACGACUGGCAAUUUACUGCCACUUGAUCCAGAGAUAGAGAGGACCUGCCGACAGAACAGGAAGCAGGUCAAGUUAGGGAAGCCUCCUACCACAUCCACAACUCCUAGGCCUUCCCUAACCAAGAAUCGUCAACAGAGAGGGCAGGCUUCAUCACCUGUCGUCCAUACACCACCGGCACCACCACCUUGUGAGAUCGAGCCUGUCAUCAUGGCAGAACAGGAUCGUUCGAUCAGGGCUCGCUUGAAUCGAAGGACUGGAGCCCGAGCUUCAUGUGUUGUCAUUCCGGCUGGGGAUGCAAACAUGGAGAUUACCCCAGCCUUCAAUAAUAUGAUCACCAAUGGGUACACCUUCUCAGGGGCUAGCACCGAGGAUCCUCAUGAACAUCUCCGCCGGUUUGCAAGCAUUUGUGAUACGAUGAAGAGCCCGACUGUGUCUGAUGAUGCCAUCCGUCUUCGGAUGUUCUCAUUUUCCCUGCUAGGGAAUGCAUCACAUUGGUUCCAAAACCUAACACCCCGUUCCAUCACAACAUGGGGUCAGCUUGAGAAGACCUUUUUGGAUAAGUACUUUCCUCCUGCCAAGGCUAUGAAGAGGCAAGAGGAAAUUGUCACUUUUAAACAAACUGAAGACGAAAGUCUGACCGAGGCAUGGGAGCGCUAUAAGGAGCUUCUAAUUAGAUGCCCGAGCCACGGUCUUGAAGAUUGGAAUGUGAUCUCCAUCUUCUUCAACGGAAUCAGAAGACAAUUUCGAGAUGCUCUGAAUAAUGCUUCCCGAAAUGGUUUCACAAGAAUGGAAGCACCAGAAGCAUAUGAACUGGUGGAGAAGAUAUGCUCUGAAGAUACUGAAUAGGGUAGUGAGACCGACAUUCGAAGGAGAGGAGGCUUGCAUGAGAUAGAGAGAGUUGCAAGCUUAGAAGCAAAAAUUGAUGCUAAGCUGGAUUCCAAGUUCGAUGCACUCGAACGAAGGCUGGCUAAGUUGGCUCUUGGUAGACAAGAGGAGGUUUCUUAUUGCGAAUUAUGUGAAGGUGCUCAUCAUAGGGAUCUAUGUCCACUGGUGGCUGAUCAGGUGGAAGAUGUGCACUAUAUCAACAAUCAGAGAAAUCAAGGCCAGGGUGGUAU